AUGCUUCGUACGCCCGAGUGUCCACUCAGCGUCAAAGCCAGCACUGUCAAAGACGCUCCUACGGCAGAGGGUAUGCCCAAACAGCCUACUAGACAGACUCAAGAAGAGCAAUUCUGGUUCCCCGUUCUUUUUGCCUUCCAUGAUGUUUUGAUGACCGGCGACGAUCUGGAGGUUCGAUCUAGGUAUGUUCAAUUCAAGAACCCGCUCAUCCGCGAACGCUAA